CGGUCCUAGCGCCGCAAGAUAUCGAACGCACAUAUUAAUUUUAAACUAAAGAUUCGUUAAUAUUUUGCGAAGUCUGUUUUUUUUACAAGAGCUACUCUUAAGUUAAAUUCUGCACUCUUUAUCGAAGUUAAAUAUUACACUUAAAUAUCUUUCACCUUGUAAUUCUGUAUCUGACUUUUGUCUGGAUUUUAGACACUAUAGCCACUUCUUCCUGGGGAAUCAUAUUUCUCAUUUUAUUUCCAGAUUCAAGCGGACUGAUUGUUUAAUCAAAUGUAAACAUGAAAAUUUUAAAUUCAGACGAGUUAAAGCACGCCGAGAUCACUUUAUGUGCGUACUUGCCUAAAACGUUAAAGGUGUACGGAUUUGUUUACGCAAUAAACAGAGGGAAACCGCACACAUUGCAGGUUGUGGUAGACUCGUGGCCGGUCUUUACAACAAUAAUUGUUCGACCAGAUCCGAAUAAUGGUCGAGCCAAGGACUUUAUGAAGAAGGUGACUCUGUACACGACCAAUGAAGAAGUCCUGAAAAAAAUGUUGACUGUGGAAAACGCAAUUGACUGGAGCACAUACUUUUUAAUAGGAGGUUGUGAUGUGCGUCAUGCGCCUCUGCUGAAGGAAACAGCUGCUUCUCGGGAUGUCCAUAUGAAGGGUUACACCUUAGUGCACCUUAUGACAUUACCUGAACCAAACUAUGUACCUGAGCUUAAUAACAGUGACCUUGAGCUCAAAGUGUCAGUUCUCAAUGAGUCACAUGCCGAUGUUGUCAACAAGACUUGGAAAUUUGGUGGGGAUGAGAAUGGUUACCAGAAGAUCUUAAAUCUCAUCACCCAUUUCCCAACAUGCUGCAUUACAGAUGAGAACAACCAGCCGGUUUCUUGGGUCCUUUUGUACGAUUACUGUGCCUUAGGAAUAUUGUACACUCAACCAGAGCAUCGUGGGAAGGGUUAUGCCAAAGCUCUUGUCACUAUAAUGGCAAAGACACUCCAUUCUCAGGGCUAUCCUGUGUACUGUUUCAUUGAAGAAUGCAACCAGCUUUCCUACAAACUUUUUAAAAGCCUUGGUUUCACAGAGGAUCCUUCUUAUAGGGCUGCCUGGUAUGAAUUCAUUACACCUGUAACCCCUGGCCUGAACAGUGCAUUACGUCAAACUCUUAAAAAGUUGAAGCCUACAGUCGACACGCAUUACCCGAGACCAUCUGACUCUAUAGGAAGCGCAAUGUACCAGCUGACCACAGAGAAUCUCAAAAUGUUGGAAAUAGAUCUUAAAAACUACUUCCCAUACUCGCUGCAGGUGUAUGGCUACAUUUAUCAACUCAACAGAAGUGGUCAGAGAGCAGAUCCCAUUCGUGUAUUUGCUGACCAUUGGCCAGAGUUCAGAUUUGUACUCAUCAAACCAGAAAUUCGCGAGCCUACUCUGCAGAAGGGAGACCUUUUUAAGGAUUUGAGUGUGUUUUCCAAAAAUGAUGGUUAUCUCAGAGACAUACUAACACAGACAGACAUUAUUGACUGGAAUACAUUUAUUUGUAUAGCCACCAAGCUUCAUCAUGAAAAGAUGCUAGAAAAUGUAGCAGGAAUCAAAGGUGUACCUCUUAUUAAAGAAGCUGUGUGCCACAUGAUGGUUCUUCAAGAACCAUCCAAACUUUCACAUGGCAAUAGUUCAUCACUUAAGAUGUCAUCCCUUAAUGAAUCCCAUCUUGCUCUAGUCAACAGUACCUGGAAGUUUGGCAAUGAGCACAGCAGUCCAAUGAUUAGGAAUAUGAUUUUGAACUUCCCCUCCUGUUGUGUUCUGGAUUCAGAUGAUCAGCCGGUAGCAUGGAUAUUGAUUUAUGACUCCUGUGCAAUGGGAAUGUUGUACACAAUUCCAGAACACAGAGGAAAAGGCUAUGCAAAAGCUUUGGUAACCAUUAUGUCAAGUAGACUGCUCUCUCAAGGUUAUCCAGUGUAUUGUUUUAUAGAAGAGGAGAACCUGGUGUCCUACAGGCUCUUCACAAACCUGGGGUUCACAGAGGAUCCGGAUUACAGGGCAGCCUGGUUCACUUUUAAUGAUUUGUGAUCGAUGCACCGAUAUCGCAUUAUUUUAGCCUUUUGUGUAUUUUAACAGAAAACUGUUUUAUGUAAUGCACAUACAAUCUAUAAAUAAUCAAUAGCAGCAAAAGAUUAGGGAACAAAACAUUAUAUGUUAAAAAAGUAUUUAUUCUUUUAUUAAAUGAAAAAUAUAAACAUUUUCAACUACACAUUGUGUAGAAAUAUUAAAAAAUUCAAAAGCA